CUUUGUGCAGGUGGUCACACUGCAGAGUUGCUCGCACUCUUGGAGCAUAUGAACUUGGAAAGGUACUCACCGCGCACAUACAUUGUGGCUUCGACCGACAGGAUGGGCCCUCAGAAAGCCAGAGAUUUCGAGGCCCACAAGCAUGCAUCCAGCACCUCUAAUGAAGCAGCCAAGAUCUGCGUGAUCCCACGCAGCAGGGAGGUCGGCCAGUCCUACUUGACAUCUAUCUGGACGACAUUGGUGGCCUUGUGGGUGGCUUUCAGUAUUGUGUACAGGGAAGCCCCUCAACUGGUGCUGGUGAAUGGGCCUGGCACAUGCAUUCCCAUUUGCUUGGCAGCUCGUGUAAUUGGGGUUGUGAGGAGGACGCGGAUCGUGUACACGGAGAGCAUUGCAAGGGUGACAUCACUGUCACUGUCAGGGAAGAUUCUAUACCACAUGCGGCUGGCAGACGCUUUCUUUGUGCAGUGGACAGAUCUGCAGCGACGCUUUCCCAGGAGCACAUGUUGUGGCCGUCUAUUCUGA